CUAACCAUCCCAUAUUGUUCUCAUAAUCCACUUACACACACACAAAGAAAACAAGCAGGGAAUCAAGGGUGAGGAAGAUGUCUGUGGUGACAGAGGAGAUCAAGGCCAAGGCAGAGUUCUACCAGGGGGAUCAGAUUUGUCAAGAGAAGUCGAAAGAGUUGCUCAAGGAAAUACUGUUGCCCAAUGGCCUAUUGCCUCUGAAAGACAUUGAGGAAUGUGGGUAUGUGAGGGAGACAGGAUUUGUGUGGCUGAGGCAGAAAAAGGAGACAACCCACAAGUUUCAGAAGAUUGGGAAGCUUGUGACCUACGCCACUGAAGUGACAGCAUAUGUUGAGCAACACAGGAUCAAGAAGCUCACUGGGGUGAAGACAAAGGAGCUCUUGAUCUGGGUCACUCUGAAUGAAAUCUAUGUGGAUGAUCCCCCUACAGGGAAGAUCACUUUCAAAACUCCUGCAGGGCUGUUCAGGUCAUUUCCUGUCACAGCAUUUGAAGUUGAGGAGGAGGCCAAGGAAGUGAAGGAAAACAAGGAUGUGAAGGAAGCUGUGGAAGUCAGAGAGGUCUGAUUUUUAGGACCCUUUUGAGUUCUAAUCAAAAACAGGCUUUAUUUUGUAUCUGGGUACUGUUUGUUAUGCUUAAUCUGUAGCCUUUUUCUAGCUUUCCUCAUAAUAAAAUGAAGUUAUAUUUACUAUUUCA